UUGUAGGUGCUCCUGUUUUUCACUCUAGCAGUAGUAUGGAAACGUUUUUUUUCCAGUUGUGAAAUUGCAUAUGCUACUAUUUUCACCCUUAUGUUUGAAGUAGUAGACCAAUAGUCAACUAAUUUAAAUCAACUGGUGUUCAUUCGUAAAAUAAAUAAACACUUAGGCUACUUUAAAAUUCCGAACUAGAACUGGUCGAUUUGGUUUGACUAAACGAACGGCGAAAAUAGGCGACGAACUAGCCUAUUAUAAGGAGGGGAAAAUCACCAUAAAUUCACAAGAAUGAAAAAACUAAGGCGAACUUGAACCACUACACCUGUGCGAUAAAGGACGCAAUGCACCUGUUUUGUUGGGGUAUGCAAACAGCCGCGCGAGGCUCCGCCCUCUUCCACUUGUCCUUUCAUUGUAAUUGGCCCGACGGGGAGCCUAUGCUAAUUGGCAGUGACCCUCUGCACCUGACUCUCUCCACUCCACGGAAGAAUGUGCGGCAAAGACAGCCUCCAAGACUCCCCUAUUUAUUCAACAGGUCUCCUGCCUAUGAUCAUUCACGCUAACAUUCUUGCGUUGCUAAGGGUCGUACAGUGUGCGCGCAUCUGAGAUUCACAGAUAUUAUAAGAUGCCACGGUCCUUUUUGGUGAAGAAAUACCUCAGUAAGAAGACAAACUACGGUCAACUGGAUUCAAAGAAAAGAGAACAAGAACACUCUCCAGGAUGUAGGCAUUGAUGUGUCGAAGACUACCACAAAGAGAAGACUACACCAGCAUAACCUCAGAGGGUUCACCGCAUGAUGCAAACCACUGAGGACGUCCUUGCUCCACACUCUCCGGAAGAAUCCAUGCCGGGUCCCCUGCCCCUCUCUCAGAUGUCCUGCCCUCUCCCCAGCUCCCCCCAGAUCCUGGGAGAGUGGCGACCGGCGCCCCUCGUCACCCCAGCGCCCAGAACCUCGGUGGAGCUGACCUCUGUCAGCGGCCCGUUGACGGACGCGCAGCCGUGGUGCACGGACUUUCCCCCGAGGGGGGGCCCAGGGCAAGAGCUGGGGCGCCCCCUGCUGGUGGCCCACAACACGCCCGUCAGGGACUCUCUCCCCGCCCUGGAGCCCCUCCGCCUCCUGGAGCCCCACGCCUUCCGGCUCCCCGCCCACGCCGCCGAGCUGGCGCUGGAGCGGGGCGCCGCCCCGUCGCCCCUCCUGGGCCUGGUGCCCGGCGGGCAGGAGCGCUUCGAGUGCCUGGACUGCCACCGGGCCUACUUCACCUUCUCGGGCCUGGCCAAGCACAGGCAGCUGCGCUGCGAGUGGCAGUGCCACCGCUGCUUCAGCUGCAAGUACUGCGACAAGGAGUACGUGAGCCUGGGGGCGCUGAAGAUGCACAUCCGCACGCACACGCUGCCCUGCGUCUGCAAGCUCUGCGGCAAGGCCUUCUCCCGGCCCUGGCUGCUGCAGGGACACAUCCGCACGCACACGGGGGAGAAGCCGUUCUCCUGCCCGCACUGCAGCCGGGCCUUCGCGGACCGCUCCAACCUGCGCGCGCACCUCCAGACGCACUCCGACAUCAAGAAGUACCAGUGCAAGCGCUGCUCGAAGACCUUCUCCCGGAUAUCCCUGCUCUCCAAGCACGAGGAGGCCGGCUGCUGCCCGCUGUCGUGACAACCGCGCUGGCCCCGCCCCUUUUAUAACUGUACACCAACGAAGGGGCGGCACCAGGGAGGGUCGUUCAACUGCUCUGCACAGCUCAGCCUGUGAAUCUGCAUUGAAGUGUAUUUCUACGUUUUGCAACGACUUCAUUUGUUUUGUAUGGCAUUGUGUAUAUACUGUAAGGAUAAUAAAUGCAUAUUUUCCUAUGGUGUCUUCA